ACCUCGGUCCUAUAUAUCCACCCUUAUUUCCCCUGCUUUUUCCGUAUAGUUAGACAUUCCCGUGAAGUAUCAUAAACUUCACUUAGAUGAAUACACAUAUAAUUCCGCGUACCUUAUUUGUGUUCUGACAUUACGAGUCAUCGGAGAUAUUGCUUUGUGAUCGAUCGACACACUGCCGAAAUUUGUCGUACGUUUGUUUAUUCCCGCGGCCCCUCACCCACGCUGGGCCCGUAUAUAAUAUAUUCCAUCCGGCCCCCCGGGCUCUUCCCUGCUUGGGCCUUACUUGAACCUCUCGUUCCCACCCAACGCCGGUCCUCUACACCGAAAUGCCCCAACUAGCUCAUCAUAUAUGGGCAGCUCCACGUUUUUAUCAGUGCUGCACUAGACGAUACCCUCUUACCACCUACUCCCUCUCGAAUCAAGACAUUGUUAUCGAGCAAGAGCUAUCACAGCUGAACAUGUCACGAACCGCCCGCACCCCCGUGGUAUCUCGGGCCUCUCCGGCCCCGUCCUGGUCCGACAGCGACAGCGAAUUCGACGACCUCAUCACACCAUGCGGCCCAAGUCCCUCCGAGAAGCACUUUUCUUCCGAGAAGGCAACGGCCUCUAUGCAUCAUCACGACGGGCCUUCACAACCCCACGUCACCGGCCCUAUCACACCGACCCACGAUCGGAUCCGGCCCUACUCCACCCAUCCUGCCGCCGACGUCCGCAGCUUAUGGGCCGUGAUGCUGGAGCUGCAGCAGCGGUACCAGUGCUACAAAUCGACCCGGAUGCGCAUCGCUGCCGACAGUGACUUCCAGGAGGCGAGCGACCUGAUGCGUAUGUGCAUGGCCAUUACCCCCUGAGACUAAGUCGGUGGUGGCACUUCCGAGACUGACACGAACAUAGCAUCAAGAGCUUGCAUCG